AUGGGAAGAUUGGGUGAAGAUAUUGGAACUGGUAUUGGGCUCAACAUAGUGAUUCCAAGGACAGCUCAAGCCAACUUGUGUGUUCUGGAAGAAGCCCUGAAAAAAUUUCACAUCACGGAUGAUCCCAGCAAUUAGUACCUUGCAAGAGCUGUUGAUGAAGAGAAUAAGCGUGCCCUUGAUCCUGAAGAGAAACCUCACCAGUUUGUAGAAAGAAAUUCAUCCAAACCUUUAAUCAUCCUUCGAAUGAAGGUAGGAUUAUAUUGUAGUCAUGACAUAUUGGCCCAAGAAAGUGUUCUAAAUAUAUUCAGUGCGGCAGGAACACUCAAGACAAUCCCAGUGACUGCACAGACGACCGUUACAGAUGUGGUAAGUGUUGCUUUAGAAAAAUUUGGAUUGAAGGGUGCCCAUGAAAAUGACUUUUCCCUGACUGAAGUACACCUAACUCAAGGAGUCCAUGAACGAAGAAUGGAACACAAUGACUGUCCAUGGAAAUCCUUGAUGGGUAGUAGAAAAAAGUCUGUAAGGAAAAUGAAACUCACAAGAUUCUACUUGAGGCAAAACUUAGAACCCUUGGGAAGUGUAUGCAUUUGUGUUGGCAGUCUCCCAGUAGGCCUGGAACCAAGUAAAUACAAAACUUUGAUUGGCGACAUUCUAGGAGAAACUAUGGAAUAUUGUGAGAUGAAAAAAGUGUUUCCAAGUUAUGGUAUGGUGUUUGUGUUUUUUCCUGCCGCUGACACAGCAGCAGAUGAUAAAUAAAUUAAAAACUCCACUAUGGACAGCAAAGAGCUGUUUGUGAGAGUCCUACCCACUAUUCAUCUUGGGCUGUUCCCCCCUGGAAGCCAACCCCUUAUAGUACUGGUUAACUCCAGAAAUGGAGGUGGUCAGGGGGCGGACAUGUCAGCAGCUUUCCAGAGACUGCUCAACCCUCAUCAUGUGUACAGCCUCACAGAGGGAGGCCCAUUAUUAGGAUUUUACGCUUUCAGAUCUAUUCCUGAUUUUCGUGUCUGGAUCUGUGGUGGCGAUGAUACAGUUGGCUGGGUGUUGUCGUGUUUGGAUGAUGUUGUUCAAGAGUUGAAGUGUAAGUUACCUGCAUCAGCAGUACUUCCUCUUGGCACUGGUAAUGAUCUCUCUCGUAUCCUCCAUUGGGGAAGUGGUUACUCUGGCGGCGAGAGUCCUGUAUCGCUACUCAUGGCCAUUGACCAGGCUCACGAAGUGUUUCUUGAUAGAUGGUGUGUCAUGUUUGACUCCGUGGACACUAACGUUCCUGACACACUGUCAAACGACAGCGCACUUGGUUCGAUGGGAGGAAGAGAGGACGAUCCUAGUAUUUUUACGAUGAAUAACUACUUUGGCAUCGGAAUUGGAGCUGAGCUUUGUUUAGAUUUUCAUCUUCAGAGAGAGGAAGCACCUGAUAAAUUCCAUAGCAGGCUUCAUAACAAAGGAGUUUACUUUAGAGCAGGGAUAAAGAAAAUGGUCAAAGGCUACUCGCGGACAUUUACUCACGAAGUCGAAAUAGAGGUGAUUAAUCUGUAG